GGGAGGGCAAGACUGGAAACAACUCAAACAUCUUGGUUACUGCACAGCACAGCGGCUCAGACUCCGCUCAGAAAACUUUUUACGCACACACACACACUCUCUCACACACACACGCACACGCACACAGAGCGCAUCUCUUUCACAGGCUGAGUGAUUCAAACUUGCGCGAUGUGUGCGUGAUGGAGUGCAGAAGUUUGAAAGGAAAGACACGCAGAUCGAGCUGAAGCACCACGUUGUUCUCUGUGAAACUCCGCGUCCGCGCGCUGAAGACUGAAGAACAUGAGUGGAUUUUCAGCUCAGCCUGCAAGCGAGACCCUGCGAUCUGCUUCUGAUCAUAGUUAAAGUCAAAGCAAAGUUUGUCCGCGAAGCGAGACUCUAUUUUCAUCAUGGACUCUACGACCAGAACUGCCCAAGAGAAGAAGGAAUGCAAGAGUUCAGGCCUGGAUGCUAGCAGCUUCUCUGACCUUCCCAAGAAGCCUUCACCUACCACAAUGUCACGAGCUCCUCCUCUGUUCCCGACCUUCCACACACCAAUCCCAAUCGACAUGCGCCAUCAUGAGGGUAGAUACCAUUAUGAGCCACACCCUCUUCAUGCCAUGCAUGGCCCUGCUGGAUUAACUGGAAGCCCAGUUAUCUCUGAUAUCUCUCUGAUCCGGUUGUCCCCUCAUGCUGCAGCCACGGGUGAGUCCCCAUUCAGCCCACCGCAUCCAUACGUCAACUCUCACAUGGAGCAGUACCUACGCUCAGUUCACAACAGCCCCACGCUGUCCGUCAUUUCAGCGGCGCGAGGCCUCAGCCCGGCUGAUGUGACACAUGAGCAGCUGAAAGAACGAGGUCUUUUUGGCCUUCCUCCUCCUCCUCCUGGGACUAACCCAGCCGACUAUUAUCAUCUAAUGGCUAAUCACCGCAGCCCCUAUGGAGAGCUGCUCAUGCAGACUGGGGCAGCAGCUGCUGCCGCCACUGUACAUCUACCAGACUACAUCAGCCCUGUGGACAUGUCCCGGUUUCCAAGCCCCAGACUGACACCUAGGCUCAGCCGAAAACGAGCACUGUCCAUCUCGCCUAUGUCAGACGCCAGCAUCGACCUGCAGACCAUGAUCCGCACCUCUCCCAACUCUCUGGUGGCCUACAUCAAUAACUCACGCUCCAGCUCCAAUGCCAGUAGCUCUUAUGGGCACCUCUCAGUCGGGGCUAUCAGUCCGUCGUUUACAUUCCCCCACCCCAUCACUCCUGUGGCAUACCAGCAGUUGCUGUCCCAGCACCGAGGGCUUAGUGCGUUUGGCCACACACCUCCCCUAAUCCAGCCCUCUCCCUCCUUCAUCAACCGCCAGCAGCCCAUCGGAACUGCCAUAGCCCACAGCACCAGCGGCAGCAACCCCAGCACAGAGGCCAACCAGAAUGCAGGAGGAGACUCAGCAGUCAGCAGUACAGUCAAUCCCAUGAUUACCAAGAGGUCAAAGGUGAAGACAGAAGUGGAUGGGACAUGCCCUAUCUCCCCUUGCUCUCAGGAUCAUGUGGAACUGAGAGAGGAGCUGGAUAAGGACGAGUGCAAGCAGGAGCCUGAGGCAGUGUAUGAGACCAACUGCCACUGGGAGGGCUGCUCUAAAGAAUAUGACACACAGGAGCAGUUGGUGCACCACAUCAAUAAUGACCACAUCCAUGGGGAGAAGAAGGAGUUUGUGUGUCGUUGGGAGGAAUGUUCACGAGAGCAGAAGCCUUUUAAAGCCCAGUACAUGCUUGUAGUCCACAUGCGGCGGCACACGGGAGAGAAGCCUCACAAAUGCACAUUUGAAGGCUGCUCCAAAGCGUACUCACGACUAGAGAAUCUGAAAACCCAUCUGAGGUCACAUACGGGAGAGAAGCCAUACGUAUGUGAACAUGAAGGCUGCAACAAGGCCUUCUCUAACGCCUCAGACCGAGCCAAGCACCAGAACCGCACACACUCAAAUGAGAAACCAUAUGUUUGCAAGAUCCCUGGUUGCACUAAGCGUUACACAGACCCUAGCUCUCUCCGAAAGCAUGUGAAGACAGUUCAUGGUCCUGAAGCGCAUGUCACAAAGAAGCAACGCGGCGAUGCUCCUACAAAACCACAACCACCUAAAGGGAGUGGAGAAAAUGACGCCAACAGUAAGCAUGCUUUGAGAGGAUCAGAGGGGUCAACCGAAGCCAGCAGCACCAGUAAAGGUGUGGAGGACAGCCUAAAAGUCAAGUCCAUUAAGACUGAGAACACAAUGAUGUAUCAGUCCAGCCCUGGUGGUCAGUCAUCAUGUAGCAGUGAGCGGUCACCACUUGGUAGCACCACCAACAAUGACAGUGGAGUAGAAAUGGCCAUGCACAGUGGAGGCAGUUUGGGGGACCUGUGUGCUUUGGAAGAUCCCCCUGUGGUAGACUCCACAGGUUCUCCAGGAACUUCAGCAGGAGUAGGUCUCCAGCUGCGCAAGAACAGGGGGGUUCUUCUACAUCUUGAUCAUAUAAAGAAGGAGAAACUAAAGACAAUAAGAGACUCCUGCUCCUGGACAAACUCAACUCCUCAAGUCAGAAACACCAAGCUGCCUCCAAUACCAGCUGUCGGUUCUCUGCUGGAAAGUACAAGCUCUCCGAGUGUUGGCACACCAGGGCAUUGCUUUGGAGACUUACCCUUGUGUGAAAUGACAGUACUGAAUCAGCUGAAGGCACGUAGAGAUAGCACCACAAGCACUGUGAGCUCAGCCUACACACUCAGCCGCAGAUCCUCAGGCAUCUCACCCUGCUACUCCAGCCGGCGCUCCAGUGAAGCCUCACAGUUUGGGGGACGCAACAACAACACCAGCUCAGCAGACUCUUACGAUCCUAUCUCUACUGACCUGUCACGCCGAUCUAGUGAAGCCAGUCAGUGUGGUGGAGGUACUUUGCCAAGCCUGCUCAGCCUCACCCCAGCCCAGCAUUACCGCUUGAAAGCAAAAUAUGCAGCAGCCACUGGGGGUGCGCCACCUACACCCCUGCCCAAUAUGGAUCGCAUGAGUCUUAGGACUAGGAUGGCCUUGUACAAUGACUCUCAGGAGAACUCAGCUCAUUUAUUCCAAGCCCGGACUGUAGCCACCUCAAGGCGCUGCAGUGAUAUGAGUUAUGGAGUCCCUGGUAUGAUGCCUCAUGAAAUCCCAAGUAAUAUGCCAAGGAGAGCUAGUGACCCUGUUCAUCGGACAAAUAUGGAUCCUCUCUCCUUGCCUCGUGUUCAGCGCUACAACAGCAUGAGCAGCAUGAACCUUUCCCGGGUGCCUCAGGGCGACCAUUGUGGUGUUAACCUGCAAAGCAACACCUUUUCUGAUGACAGCUUGCAUCGUCAUGCCUUCAACCAGAGGCCCCCAAGCAUCUCAGAGAAUGUUGUCAUGGAAAACAUGGCCAUGGAUGAAGCUGACCAAACAGAAGAGGACAUGGUGCUUCCAGAUGACGUAGUGCAAUACCUCAGGUCCCAGCAUGCUGGCUCAACUCAGGACACUGGUAUGGCCUACAACGGUGGUCAACCACAGGUUUUCAAAAGCAAUCUGACCUCCCAGCAACACCAGCAGCGACGCAUGGCCUUGGUUGAUGCUAACAUGAAUCACAUAGAGCAAAUAAUGCCCCCCUGCCAAAUCAGCCCAGGGUCCCAGCAGCCUUUCCCAGCCUCUGACAGUGUGAAUAAGAAUCACAUGCCUGUACAAUGGAAUGAAGUCAGCUCAGGUACAGUGGACAAUAUAGUGGACAACACAGCAAGAUUUCCAAAGCAGCAGCUCCUCAGAGGCAACUUGGCACUGGUCCAGCAAAAGCAGAACACUGGCCCUUAUCAAAGCUUUGGGUCAAAUCAACAGUCUGCACCAAUCAACCAGAAUUUGGCUGUUCCACAGCAGGGUUACUCACAGAGGAACACUCAGAGAACAAACCCCAUUCAGCACUAUAGACAGUCAUAUGUCAACCCCUGUCAGAACCUCAAAGAGCAAAUGAAGGCACACCCAGGUUAUAAACAGGAAAUCAACCAUAAUCUAUCAUCAGGAAACACCUACCAGGGUCCAGUACGCAAUAGCAUGGCUCUGCAAAAUCAAGAAAUGCAGAAUUACAAGUCUGGCUACUUGCACCUGGAAAACCAGCAGAAUUAUAUGCCAUUGCCCCAAACAGCCCUUCAAAAUGUCAGCAGAGUUUUUCAGCCUAGGCCUCCACCUGAACCAAAACCAUCAAACAGGCAUCAUGCAUGUUCAGGUUUGCCCUAUCAAGCUGGUUACUCUCUGUCCAGUACAAGUUCUGAUUUUAACACUUCUGAGGCCAGCCCAAAGAGACCUGCUGGAACUACUCAUCUCUCCAGUGGAAAUGACACUGUGUGCUAUUCAGGUGAGAUCAAAUUGUUAGACAGCAACACAGACUAUAACUCCCCAGUGUCACCUUCUGCCAGUCAAGCUGAUUAUACUACAGUGGCUACGAUGACAUCCCCUGGAAUCAACCAGGUUACCAGCACAGUGGACUCUACUCAAACUGCUGAACACACUCAAAUAGACUUUGAUACCAUGUUGGAUGACGGAGAUCAUUCCAGCCUCAUGUCUGGCACACUGAGCCCUGGACUCCUGCAGAGUCUUUCACAGAGUUCCUCACGACUCACUACUCCGCGUAACUCUGUCACACUGGCCUCAGUGCCAGCAGGUAUCAGCAACAUGGCUAUUGGUGAUAUGAGCUCUAUGUUAACUGCCCUUGCAGAAGAAAGUAAAUUCCUAAACCUGAUGGCUUGAGGAUUAAUGCAUUACAGCUUUUGAACACUGAGAAAGACAUUUAGCAGGCUGUGUUUGGCGAUCGUUCUACCUUUUGUACACAUUGUAUGAAUGACACUAUAGAUAUAUGUGACACAACAGACACUUAUGUCCAAUGUGGAUCAAAAUAUGUACAUAUAUUUUUAAUGAGAUAAAAGCACUGAUAUAUUACAGUGAAAUUUACAGAAGUUUAGGUCAGCAUUACCAAAUGCCUGCAUUAUAAUUGGAAUGGACUCGGAUAUGCAAUCAGACUCAAAGAACUGCAAAGAUCUCAAGAUGGCAUAUAUCCAAGUCAGAAAGCCAUAUGUUUCACUUAUAAUGAACCAUUUAAAAGCUGUCCAGGGUAAAGGUCUCAGGCCAGCUUUGGAUAAAUCAAAAUUUCCCUUCCUCAGCAGUGCACUUAGUAGGAGUUCACUAAGUGCCUUCAAAAAAAAAAAAAAAAAAAAAAAAAAUACACAUGCAAAAAGUAUUAAAGUCCUGUCCAAUUGUAUGUAAUCUUGUAUUUAGUUACAAUGUUAGAUAUUUGUGUUCCAUUUCUUUUUUGUUAAAAGUUACUGGAUGUUAUGUGCAUUAAAUUGUGUUAAUUACUCA